CAACAUCCUUGUAUUUAUGAUCCUUGUGCUAGGUGAGUUUUUGUAGUCUACUGCGUGUUGUUCUGUAAAAAGCUGAAAGGAUAUGUCGCGUGGUCUACGGGCGUUCUCCCUCUAUGGGUUUGCGCACAGCGUGGAUGCGCUGUCUGUCGUGUUUCGCAAUGCGCGAACGCCGCCGCAUCCUUCUGACGUCGAAGAGGCAAAGGCGAAUGCUACGGAGAAGAUGCGCAUCCCCAAGAAUUUUGAGAAGUACCACUUAGGGAACUAAAUGUAAAUACCUAGUUGUAGUAGUUCAACUUACUUUCACGAGAAGGAUCUACUUUGUCUCAACAACACAUACAUUUCUAAGGAGAAUAAUCUUAUUGAGGUUAUGGAUUGGAAUUUAGAGUUGGAAGAUGAGUAUUGCAGUUCCUACCAAGAGUUGCCUCUAACGCAUGAUGGUCUAGGAGAGGUAGGUGCUGUUUUGUACGCGAUCGGAUGCGGAAGGAAGUUCGAGCCGAGUCAGGUACGAGUUGCAUUCAUUAGCCCCAUCUCUAUUGAGUACGUUCUAGACUAGGAGCACUACUAGGGAUGCCAAUGAAUGAAUAUUGAUCACGUUUAUUAGUCUCAACCUCUAAGAAAGUUCAGUCACAAAUUCCAAUUCAGAGAAAGAAUUGAAGCAUGAUACAUAGUUUCGAAUAUACAUACUAUUUGUUCCAGCAACUAACCGCUUCUUUGUCCGACGAUAGCGAGGAGGAUUCAGAGGCCGCGUUGGCGAAGGAGCCAGAGGCGGCCGAAAAACAGGUCGAGGAAUUCAAAGAGCAGUGCAGGAAGAUGAAUCUUAAUUAUGUGCGGAGGCACUAUAUAUAACUUUAGCUAGUAGUCGUGCGAAGAAUACAUGCACUGUAGGAAUAUCUUCCAUACCAAUAAAUCUACUAGACCUAAGCACCCGGUAGCACUCAUCCCACUAGAAUCCCCCACCCUCCGCACGCACUUCCCUCGCCAUAGCGUGGCCCCGCUUGCCCGGCCCCUUGCCUACGGAGUUGACCUGUGGAACAGCACAAGAGCCGGGCUCUUGGCGGCCUGCGGCUAUUGGAAAGGCAUGCCUGGAAAUGGCAGGCCUGGGGGCUUGUUGGUCUUCUGUUAGGUUUGGCAUCUUUGCGGAAGGCUGAAGCGUUUGACUUUCAAACUUCUAGCUUUAAAAGUCGCCUACCUCGAGGAAACUUAAAAACGCCACACCCAGCGUUUUUCAAAUUCAUUCUUCUUCGAUAAAAUCAAAAAUUUUGCAUCUUUCGCGCCUUCAGCUUUUAAUUUUGGGACGUUUGGGAUGUUUAGGAAGCUCGGGAGGUUUUGGAAUUUUGGGAAGCUUCAGAAGUUUCUGAAGUUUUCGGAAAUUCUGGGAAGUUUCGGAAGCUUAGGAAGUUUUGGAACUUUCGGAAGCUUCGGGGAGCUUGGGAAGUUUGGGGGUCUGAGGGUCUGAGGAAUUGGGGCUCGGAAGUGGAAGAGUGAGCGUUUGGGGCUCGGAAGUGGAAGAGUGAGAGUUUGGCGGGGUCGUUGUAGGCGUUUAAUUUCAGUAGCUCUUUAAUAUUCAUGUUGUGUUGCCACUGGUUUUUGUGUGUGCGAUCGCAGUCGCAGAUGAGGCAAUUGAUUUUCUAUGAUUCCAAUCAUUCAAAGAGCAAACUCUUCCAGUCUAAGGAGAGCGAUUUCAGAGUUGCCAGACCUACAACUGUGCAACAACGAUGACGGACUGCGAAAAGAAAUGCGACGGUAAAUUUCAGAAGGACAAUGCGCACUGUCAGGAUCACGCAAACCAGUUGAAGGACCUUUACAGGAGUUCACAGGUAUCAUUUAACAAUAAUUAACUACAAAGCGAUACCAUCAUGUAUUUUUUGCUGGAGAUGUUGUGACUUUUCUCAGCACGACAGUAUCUAGGUUUUUGACACAAUCACAAAUAACUUGUUCUUGACCAAGAACCGUAGACAGAAGAUUCGUGGAACAAGCGACGAACUAUUGUUUUUCUCGUCAGUCUGUAUUCACACCAACAUCAAGGCCAGAAGCAAACGCAAGCACGACUGCAUCGUGGCACAUUGCCCGAACGUAGGCGGCCAGGUGCUUUCGGCAGCCGUAAGACAGGACUUUACGGACGACGCAGCGAAGCAGGCCUGGCAGGGCACCGCAGCAAAGGAGCCGUGUGCAGGCGACGCUAAAUGCGAAACGAAGUGCGCUGUCACGGACCUCUUUCAGUGUUAAGGACAUGAUCUUUGGUCGACGACACUUGAGUCGUUCGUAGGUCGGAAUAAUGCUACAGAGAGCUGAGAGGAGCGCUCCUACAAAAUUUUAAGUUUAAGUUUUACUUUACCUAGCAGCACCUUCUCUAACAUUUUGUGGAAGCAGCUGAAGUGGAGUACGCGCACAAGAGCAUGUUCCAGUUCUGUGUGGACAUGUUCCACGACUGGCAGAAUACCGAAGAGCUGAACUGGAAAACGGGCCAUCCGGCAGCGCGCUAAAAAUGCCAUGUCUAUCAACACUGUAGACAGUGGCAGUAUGUGGAGGGGUAAGCAAUGUUGACUGUGAGAACUCACUCUGUUUUACACUGUACACAAUAUGGGGGGACUGAAGUUGACACACGUGGAAAUGGAUAUUGAAGGAAUGUCGUUCCGACAGAUCAUACUGGGUAACAUGUGACUUCUCAUCAUGCAGGUUUUUUUUUUGUAUUUCGAUUUUCCAUGUUUUUCAAACAGUGCAGUACUAAUUUAUUCAUGGCACUUCGUUGCUUUUUACUGUACUAGUCUCAAAAACUACUUCCCAGGGUCAUACUCUCAUGACAACAUGUGUACAGUUUGCAGCUCCGCAUGCUGAGAGUGGUCCUUCCAGUACUAGGUAUCGCUUCAUCCGGAUGUGGCGCAACAAAAUGCACAGUAAUGCUCGAUUGCACAGGUCCAGACGAAAAGUUUGACUGAAUAGAGUUUAGCGUCGACAAAAUUUUGAAGACGUGACACGGGUUUUCACCACCUAGCUAUAUCGAUGUUUGCGAGUGCUAGUAACUAGGAGCAAGUCCUGAGCUUGAUACGAAGGCGUGUUUGCCUAAUGUAUGGAGAAAGAGUAGUUCGCAGACAGUACUCUUCGUCACACAAAAUGGGAACAGAUAAAGUGCGUAGGAGGACGCUCAGAAACAGGGACGAAAAUCCGACACUGUAAUGAGCGAGAAAAGCAAGGCGAGAGCGACUAUUGAUACCACACGAUAAAUAUUAUUCCUUGUUGUAUCACAUAAAAA